UUUAUUUCUGCUUCUAUGGAAUUCCUUACACACAUCAUCCUUUAUGUUUCGGCAUCUGGCACAGCCGGCCCCAAAGCCUGUCUGCAUUCUUAUACCCACUGGCGUUUGAUGCUAGCCCAAGUGACCCGCUCUCUUCAUUGGCUUUCAGAUCCAGUGGUGAUACAACAACUGCGAAGGGCAUACAAGUACUUCAAAGAUUACAGGCAGAUGAUCAUAGAGCCCACCAGUCCCAAGCUGCUCCCGGAUCCCCUGAAAGAGCCCUACUAUCAGCCCCCUUACACCCUGGUCAUUGAACUCACCGACGUGCUCCUUCACCCGGAAUGGUCGCUCGUGACCGGCUGGCGCUUCAAGAAGAGGCCAGGCAUCGACAACCUGUUCCAGCAGUUGGCACCGCUCUACGAAAUCGUCAUCUUUACGUCUGAGACGGGCAUGACUGCUUUCCCCCUCAUUGACAGUGUAGACCCUCAUGGAUUCAUCUCCUACCGGCUUUUCCGCGAUGCCACCCGUUACAUGGAUGGGCACCACGUGAAGGUAUUGAUUGGGGGCUCUAGAAUGACUGGUAACCAGUGUUGACGCCCAGAGCGGUCUGAGUGUCAUCCAGUGCCUUUGAACUGUGUAUAAAAUCAAACCAGCUACACCAGUCACAUUUAGUAUCACUGGGUGGCUGUGUAGGUUCUUGGUUACUAUCUGGUCCCUGUUCUGGUCCCUGUUGUGAGUCCAGGUAAGUAAGAUGGGCAGGGGAUCAUAACUUUCAGCCAUUCUGUACCAAUUAAAAUAUCAGUGGGGUGGAAGAUAUACCAGCCAAAUGUCGUACCUCUUUCUGUUUUUCCUUCUCUGAUCGAGUGCACCCAUUGAAUCCUCUUGAGCAGCUCUCUUGGUGGGCACGCCUGCAGGAAAGGGUGGCUUUAAAAGGGGGGUGGCACAACUCACACUGUCUUCUGCCUGUCGCUUUGGGCUACUCGGCACUGGCCCUUUUCCUGCUUUUGCUGUGGGCCCUGUGAGGAUCUCCUUCUCAGGCAUCUAAAACUUCUAAAGCAUCAGUG